AGGCAAGUCCAUAAAAAUAGGUUACACAUAUGAUAAUUAAUACGGUUUAUCCACAGCAACUCUGCACAAUUCAAACGUAAAUUUACAUGUUAAAUUGUUAUUUCAUGAGGGGAGUUUUGACCAUCGGCGGACCCUGUAGUUGUUCACGACAAGAUGGCCUCCGCAGGAGUUGAAUUAUCUAAAGCGGAAUACCUCAAACGUUAUUUAUCCACGGACAACGACGCUAAAAAGUCCAAGGACAAACUUAAGAAGAAGCGGCGUAAGCCUGCGGGAAAAGGGCUUACGAUUGUCGAUGAUGACGUAGACUGGAAACAGAUGGUGAUGGUGGAAGACGCGCAAGCAGAAUACGAGGACGAGGAGGCGCCGGUGAUCGCCGAGGUGAUCGAUGACCGUCCUGAGGAGGUGAGGCGGAUGGAAGUCUUUAGAACAGGCUCCAGAUGGAAAGUCAUUGGAGAGGACGACGACGACGACGAACAGCCGGGGGACGACGGAGAUUCGCCCGAGCAGUCGUCCGACCAAAGGAGGAAGGAUUCUCCGGCCAGAAAGACGCGACACGACUCUCCCGACACGUCCCCGCCGCGGAGAGCUCGCCACGAUUCUCCCGACGUUUCCCCGCCGCGGAGGAAACGCCACGACUCUUCGGACCAGUCUCCUCCCAGGCAACAGGCGGGGAAGUCGGCAAAGGAGCGGAGUAAAGAUUCCUCCCCGGUGAAGCGUAAACAAACUUCCUCAUCAAGUCGCCGACGUUCGCCAGGUGGCAACAAACCCGCAGCCAGGCGCCACUCCGACUCGGACCAGUCGCCGCCGCGAAAGAGGACGCAGAAGGGAGGGGCUUCCGACUCGGACCAGUCGCCGCCUAGACGGCGGGCGCGCGGCGGGGCAGGGUCCGACGACGACCUGUCGCCUCCACGCCGUUCGGGCCAGGCGGAGGACAAACGGAUGCUUUCGGGCGGCAGAGCGGGUCUGAUUUCCUCGGAUGUGCUUCGGAAAGAGAAGGAUGAAGAACGCCGCAGGGACGGAAACAACUGGGAGCUGGAAAAUGAGUCCCGCCACGCCCAGACGGUGUUCCGGGACAAGUCUGGUAAAAAGCGGGACUUGGAAUCGGAGCGGGAAGAAAAGAAGAGGAAGGCUGCAGAAAAAGCUGCAAAGGAUGAGAAAUACGCUCAGUGGGGCAAAGGACUGGCGCAGGGUCACAUGGAGCAGCAGAGGCUGGAGGACGCCGUGCACGAAGCCCAGAAGCCGCUGGCGCGUCGCCAUGACGACGAGGACCUGGACCGCAUGCUGAGGGAGCAGGAGAGGGACGGCGACCCCAUGGCGGCCAUGUUGCGGCGGAAGAAGGAGCGCAAGACUCACGGGGUCAAAGACAGAGUCCAGUACAAAGGACCGCCCCCCCCUCCCAACAGGUUCAACAUUCUACCCGGCCAUCGCUGGGACGGCGUCAACAGGUCCAAUGGCUUCGAGCAGAAGCGCUACACCAGGAUCUCAGACAAAAAAGCCCUGCAAGAGGAGGCGUACAAGUGGAGUGUGGAGGACAUGUGAAGACUUCUACAACAACAAAAUAUGUGAUGUACAUAUACAAAUACAUGAUGUGUACAUACAGUAUACAAAUACAUGAUGUACAUAUACAAAUACAUAAUGUGUACAUAGCAGUGAUGUAUUUGACUCAUUCUGUAAAUACACAAGAUAUUUCUCUUCUUUUCUUACUCAUUAAAUGUUUUCACUUUGUA